AUGAGUGACACUUUACAGUCUGCUGAUGAUAAUGCAAAAAGUGCACAUUUAUUUGUACUCAUUCAUGGACUAUGGGGCGGGCCCAACCACAUGUCAACUAUAGAAAGAAGUAUAAAGGAGCUCCUUCCAGAAUGCUCCAAGGAGAUAAUUGUUACCUUGAAGCCUUCCAGCUUCAGAUUUUGGAAGACAUAUGAUGGUUUGAAGUAUAACUCGCAAAGGAUAAUUCAAGAGAUAUUUUAUGAAAUUGAAAUACUCAAACAAAAUAAAAAUUAUAGAGUUGAUAAAAUUAGCAUUAUUGGGUAUUCCUUAGGCGGUCUUCUUUCAAGGUACGUUAUAGGUAUGUUGAAUGAUUUAAAUGUUUACAGCAAAAUUGAACCAGUCUUCUUUACAACUUUUGCCACUCCUCACGUUGGAAUCGAGUUCUUUAAAGAAAACGUGUUUGAUAAAGGUGCAAACCAUAUUGGACAAUUCAUUUUCGGCAAGUCAGGUAGAGAAAUGUUCAUGAGGGAUGCAAAAAACAUAAUGGUUACAUUAGCUGACCCUAAGGAAACGUACUAUAAAGGAUUGGCUAAGUUUCAAAAGCAUAUUCUAUUAGCAAACAUUAAGAACGACAGAACAGUGGCAUUUUUCACUUCUUACAUAACUGACUAUUCACCAUUUGACGACUGGGAAACAAUUAAGAUCAAGUAUUUGAAGGAUCUUCCACAAGCGCGUAUUGGCAAUAGCCAGGUACAACCAAAAUUUGUAGACUUGACUAGAUCGCAUGCCCUCGAAAGAGAAGAAAGCUUCCCUGGAAAUUUACAAGAGGAAACGUCUUUUUUCCGAUCAAAUAGAAUAGCAAGGACCAUUAUCAUAUGUUCUGUUGCAUUUUUUUUACUACCCUUUUGGAUCCCAAUGAUUUUCACAAGCAGUUUGUUUGCAUCUAUCUAUAGUAUGAUUAAGAUUCGGCUCUUGUCUGCCCCCAAUAUUGAUAUACAUUGGAAAAGAGUUGAAAAUUCGGUCUACGGAUCUUCACCUGUUGAUCCUGAGGAUGCUAGGAUUGGGGAGAAGGCUAGAGACAAAAGAAGAAAACUUUCUCAAUACGAAUCAUUUAAAGGUGAUACUUCCGGAAUUACUGAAAAUGCAAUGGAAAAUAUUAUGUACGCGGAAGAAAGGUUCUCAGGUAGAACACCACAGUUUCGUUCACAUGAUGAAGAUAGAGAUGAUAUUCAACCUAUAAUUGAAGGUAGAGAAGACAGUCUGUCGGAUACUGAUGCCGAACAUAGUGGCGAAAGAGAUAUUAUUCUUGAUAAGAAGGAAAAGAAGCAGUUUGUAAAUAUCAAUACAGAAGGAAAUGACCUUGCUAUGAAGAAACAUAUCAAGACACUAGAAGUUUCUGAUUACAGUAAGUUUCCAUUAUUUAAAAGCAGAACUAAGCUUCCUCUUGGCGAAUCAAAGAAAUUCAUCAUUGAUUCUUUAAAUCAGCUUAGGUGGAUAAAAAUUCCAGUAUAUAUUGAUGCAUGGAAUUCUCACGAUGGGAUCGUGGCUAGACGUGGACCCCGUACGAAUCCUAAGGGUGCUGCAACUAUAGGUUUGUGGUGUUCGAUUUUAAGGGACCACAUGAAGCAACUGGAUAUUGAAACCACCGGAGUUCAUAUUUGA